UCUAUUAUUCCAAGGCAAAACUAUCGUAACUCAAAUCCCACCUCUAUGCAUGUUAUUUGGAGAGACCCAAAAUCAAUAUUAAAAAAUAACCAAAGGAAAAGACGAUCUAUGAAGCUCACACCUCUGUAUAUGUUGACUCGUUUCCGAAACUUUCUCUCGCAAGCUUGACGGUAACGAUGAAGCUUCUGCAGCGUUCAUCGAUAUGCGCAAAGCGCGUCGUGGUCGACGCAAGGCACCACAUGCUAGGCCGUCUUGCUUCGAUCAUCGCCAAGGAGCUGCUCAACAGACAGAGAGUCGUUGUCGUCAGAUGCGAGGAGAUAUGCCUGUCAGGUGGAUUGGUUCGACAGAAGAUGAAGAACAUGAGGUUUCUCUGGAAACACAUGAACACUAAACCUUCUCACGGUCCCAUUGACUUCAGGGCUCCCUGUAAGAUCUUCUGGCGUACCGUUCGUGGGAUGAUUCCACACAAGACCAAGCGUGGAGCACUCGAAGCUGCUGCUUUUGGACAUUCCACUGGAGCUGCUGCUUUUGCACGCUUGAAGGUCUUUGAAGGAGUCCCACCACCUUACAACAAGGUCAAGAGAAUGGUUAUUCCUGAUGCUCUCAAGGUUUUUGAGACUCCAGGCUGAUCACAAGUACUGCUUGUUGGGCCGUCUGUCUUUUGAGGUUGGCUGAAACCAUUACGAUACCAUUAAGAUAGAAUCAGAAUUGGCAUCAAUUACAUGGGGUCAUUAGUGAACGAUACCAUUGAGCUCAGAUCCCAGCUCGAUGUUCUUGCACCCAUCAAGUACUGAGAAUUAGCAUCUAUUAUUUGGUUUAAUACUUGCUUUGGUGCUCGUCUCGGUUCUACCUUUUGAAUUUUGUUUGUGCUUUUGGUAGCUUGUAAAUUU